AUGUUAGCUAUAAUGUCGGCUCAAGUGGAAUGGCUGGUUUAUUGCUUUAUGAAGAAACAUCAAAUUCUUGCGAAAAUUAUGAGUUGGCAUGUUUGUCCAGAGAAGUUGUUUAAUUUGGGACAAAUGGCUAUACCAGUUCUCCCGGUUUUUGUAUACGUGGUGUUUUGUAAAGCAGGCAUGCCAAGGGACCAGCAAAUGGAUUAUGUUAGAGAGAACUACAUUCAAUACGAAUCUGAUUACUCAAAACUAACAAACUUUGCCAUCUACUCCCUAAACUUCUGGUUUAUUCUAAUGGCAAUGGUGGCGUUCGUCGGAGGUGUAUUUUGUGGAUUGGUCUUCAUUAUUUCGACAUGGGACAUGUUUCAAAUUCUUCGUGGUGUUCAAAGAAAAAUCUCGACGACAAAUUUCAAAAGACACCAAGCGGCUGUGAAAAGUCUAUUGGCUCAAUUUUCAAUCACUUCACUUUGUUUGUUGCCUCCAUUUUUCUUUGUUUUGGUUAUCAUGAGCGAAUUUCGUUACGCUCAGAUUACUGUACAGUUCUUGUUGGCAGUUUUUGCAAUGCAUUCUUCGGUGAAUGCUGUUGUUUUGGUUUUAACGACACCACCAUUUCGGAAUUUCGUUUUAAGAAAACCGAUUAGAAGUCAUAUCAGUGUCAUCAAAGUUUCCGUUGGACCCAAUUCAGUACUUUGA